CUUCGAUAUGCCCAAAACUUUUUAUUCUGAAUGAGGUAUCUUUUUCAAGGAGCUUACAAAAUUCCAUCGUAUUUCAUAUAAAUUAGGAUAGCUAUUUUAUAGCCUGGACCAUAAUACUCAUACAGAAUGAUGGGCGAUGUUGAUAAAUGGAUUGAAAUCGCAAAGAGAUGUAAAUAUCUACCCGAAGACGAUCUUCGGGAGCUUUGUAAUAUCGUUUGCGAUCUGUUAUUGGAGGAGCCGAAUGUACAACCGGUGCAGACACCUGUAACUGUGUGCGGAGACAUUCAUGGCCAGUUUUAUGACUUAGAGGAACUGUUUCAUAUAGGCGGUCAGGUUCCUGAUACUCAAUAUAUAUUUAUGGGAGAUUAUGUAGACAGAGGGUACUAUAGUCUUGAAACACUUACCCUGCUUAUGGCACUAAAAGCACGGUACCCUGAUAGGAUAGUUCUGCUUAGAGGGAAUCAUGAAACAUGUCAAAUAACAAAGGUUUAUGGCUUUUAUGAUGAGUGUCUGAACAAGUAUGGCAAUGCAAACGCAUGGAAGGAUUGCUGCAGAGUUUUUGACUUGCUUGCAGUGGCAGCUUUAAUUGACGAAACAGUAUUGUGUGUCCAUGGAGGUCUAUCUCCAGAAAUUUCAAUGUUAGAUCAGAUCCGAUGUAUUGACAGAAAUCAGCAAAUACCUCACAAAGGUGCCUUUUGUGACUUGCUGUGGUCAGACCCUGCAGAUGUCAAGUUAUGGUCUGUUAGCCCCAGAGGAGCUGGUUGGCUAUUUGGCGGCUAUGUCACAGAGCUUUUUAUGAAUUACAAUGAUUUGAAUUUAAUAUGUAGAGCGCAUCAACUUGUAAAUGAAGGUUACAAAUACAUGUUUGAUAAGCGAUUAGUCACAGUGUGGUCAGCUCCAAAUUAUUGCUACCGAUGUGGUAAUGUGGCUUCAAUAUUGGAGUUCAAGACAGUAAAUGACAGAAACGCAAAGAUCUUUCAAGCCGUGCCUGAUAGUGAAAGAGAAGUACCGCCUCAGCAUACAACACCAUAUUUUCUAUAAUUUAAGCUUAUUGUAAAAUAAAUAUUCCAAAUAAUUAUGUAUACCAGAAUUUUGUAUAGUAAAUUGUUACAUAUAGACAA